UGAUCAUGAAGUACUCCUUGCUAUUAGUAGAUAGAGUUUUGAAAGGGUGUAUCCAUUUCGGGGUUUUGCGUGUUUUCGUGGUGGGAUUUGGAGCCUAUAAAGAUGGCCCUCGGCGGUGCUCGUUUUCGCUACAUCAUUUCGUCGAACACUUUGGGGCGAUUCGGUCUUGCGAUGGGCGAAGGCGCGAAGAGGAUUUUGCUUGUGGAGGAUACUGAGGUGAAUAGGGUGGUGGUGAGGAGGCUGGUGAGGGAGCUGAAUGUGAGCUUGGAGGAGGCGGAGAACGGGCAGGCGGCGGUGGACUUGAUCAGGGGAGGGCGGACGUACGAUCUCAUCCUCAUGGACAAGGAGAUGCCCGUCGUGGACGGCCACGAGGCGACGCGACAGAUUCGUUCCCUGGGGGUGACGACGCCGAUCGUGGCCUUGUCCGGCGACAGCCUCGAAUCUGACAGAGAUCUCUUCCUCCAAGCCGGAGCUGACGAAUUCCAACCUAAGCCACUUACAAGGGACAAGCUGAUCAACAUUUUUUCCAGGUAUGGAUUGGACUAUGACUAACCAACAAUUCCUAUGAUGGAUUGUAACAAGCCAAGUACAUAGCAAAGUAUUUCUUUUUUUUUUUCUUUUUUUUUUGGUUUUUUUAAAGAUCAAUAGAAACCAUUGCAUAAGAAGUUUAUGGUUGUGUAUGUUUAGUAUUUUGAGGUCCAAAGACUUUUUAAACUGGACCUUUGUGGUGAAGGAAAGGAGUAUUGUAAAGUAAAGGUUGUGUAUUAUGUGAAUAUGUAAUUGUAUAGGUACUCAUGUGCAAAAUUACCUUGUAAUCUCUUUUGGCUGAUCAUUUCAAU